AUUGUUUUUCAUUCCUAAUCAUAUAAUUCAUCUCAUCCAAAAAAAGUUUCAAAAAUAAUGAAACUUUGUUCGAUCACUUUCUCUUAUUUCUUUUACCUCCCCGUCCUCGUCCUCUCGUUCUUGGCCUUUCAUGGCGUCCACCGAUCGUAGCAACUCAAGCAACCCGAACAAUGUAAUCGACAUCGAAGUGUCGAUGGCGGAGUGUCAUGCAAGGAUUAAGAUAAGAUGUAGAAAGUUCCCGAAGCAGCUUCGUAAGAUCGUGUCCGGCUUGCAUUCCUUGCGCCUCACUGUUCUUCAGCUCAAUGUCUCCACUGCCCAUCAGAUUGCCCUCUACUCUUUCACUCUCAAGGUUGAGGAAGAUUGUGCGCUUUGUUCCGAGGAAGAAAUUUCAAGAGGUGUGUAUCAAUUGCUUUGCAGAAUUCAAGAAGAGGCAUUCUCAGUUUGAUUUUUUUUUAAAAAAAAAAAUUAGAAUUUUAAUUAAUGAUCUUGAAUUUUCUUUUUCUUGAUGGAGUUGGAGAUUCACAUUGUAAACUUUGAGAUUGUAUUUGUUUGGUUCUUCUUUGUCUU